CACAAGGUGAAAGUUUUUGGUUCAGCCUGGCCUUGUCUCCUGUCAGUGGCAAGCAAACCUGCUGAACCAGCUCAGUGGUGCCAUACCCCAGAUAACAUCGAACAAGGACGAAAAUGCGACGCCCAGUCCCGACGAUGAGGAACUAACUUGGAACUUGGUGCUUGGAAGCCUGAUUCUGUGUGUCUCCGUGGACCUAUAAUCCAUGGCAUGUGAUUUGCAGUGGACGGCUGCGCUGGUUUUUUGCUUAGAAUUGACUUUGCCCAUAAUCUGGGUCUCGUCAGAUCAUCUCUCACUCUUGGGAAAUGAUCUUCGGCGAAAGACGUUCUUGUUGUUAUACACGUCAGCCAGUAUUACCUGGUUCACAUUAGCGACGACGACGAGGGAUAUCGCUCAAGUUGCAAUCAUGGUUCUCAUCUCGAUCAAUGCUUGUACCUUCCACCCCUUGUUGACCUUCAUUCCUUCGUUCCUUGUGAGUCUUCUGAUGUGCCUUGUGUUGGCGCUUGUGGUGAGCCUUGUCCUUGAUACAAUACCCAACCGGUCUCGAUGUGCAGUCUUUACCAACGUGGUAACAACAUCAUCUUCACUGUUGCAUGUCGAGCUGCAACGAUAGCGUCCAUCUUUCAACCCAUGAAGCCCCAUCGUUCUGGUCUUGGGAUAUCAGCCCGGACUAUUUUUGUAGCUAGGUCGUACCAGCGUGGGAUAGCACCGAGCCCAUUUCCCCAGUAAGUCCACUCGCGCCAGAAAUCCAGAACUGCGAGUCCAAGGAGAGUCCUCAUGGCGAAGUGCGCGUCGUUUCCCGGUUCGUGCAGCCUUCCAGCGUAGCGGAUCCUCGGUCCGUUCAUGACGACUGCCAGCGAUGGUGCAGUUGUGUUUUGAAGUGGAAUGUAUUGUGCCAGGGCCAGAUCGAUCCAGCAGAUUGCGUCCACGAAGAUCUCGAAUUCUCUGAAGAGGACCAGGUCGCCGUGAAGCGAGUGUGCCACGCCGAUCACAUCUCUUCCUUUCUGCCACUCAACGAAUCUGCGCUUCAAGUCCUCUGGAGAUAUGGCCUCUGUGUCACCGAAACAGAAACGUUCCACUUUGGGCACGCGGUCCUGGACGGCAAACUGAUAAGUUCAAAUGAGAUCUGAUGGAC